GCGGUCCCCAUCCCUACGGAAACCCGGCCCACCCAGCCUUUGUUGUAGAAACUGCACUCGGAGCCAUAUUUGCUUUCAGCCAAAGGCAGACGUGGUCGCCGGAUCAGAAGGGCAGGGGCGGACCCGAAACCCGCCGUGAGCCCCACUUCUCCACCGCGCUCCUUCCUGGACUCUAGAGGAAGAGAAAGUGCGCUCGACCACCUAAGGCCUGCGUCUCCACCUUCCACCUUCUCAAUCUGCAGCAAGAUGUCACAAGGGCUUCCCCGCAGCUAUGAUUUUUAACACCAUGCCCCGGGCCAGGAGCCUCAGGGUGCUCGUUCGGGAAAAUGGGAGCCAAAUCAGGAUCACCCCAUGCGCCCCCGCACCCCGCCCCCGCUGGUUCCAACGCCCGGGCACACCUAGAGCGGGGGGGGGGGGCCCUGAGGUGGACUUCCCGCGCCUCCUCGCAGCUUCCCUCCAACUCCACUAAACGGGCCCCAGGGGCACAGAGACGACACCACUGUCCCCGAGGCAGUCCGGUACCGGUCCCCGCUCCCGAGCUCCGCCAGAGCGCGCGAGGGCUUCUAGCGGCCGCCCCUCCCCCACCGCAGGGGCGGGGCCCCGCGCCCACCGGAAGGAGCGGGCGCGGGGCGGGCGGUGCUGAUUGGCCGGGGCGGGCCUGACGCCGCCGCCGCUAUAAGAGACCGCAAGCUACCCGCUGCGCCAGACGUUCUUCGCCGAGAGUCGUCGGGGUUUCCUGCUUCAACAGUGCUUGGACGGAACCCGGCGCUCGUCCCCAAUCCCGGCCGGCCGCCCAUAGCCAGCCCUCCGUCACCUCUUCACCGCGUCCUCGGACCGCCCCAAGGCCCCCGCCGCCGCUCCAGCGCCGCGCAGCCACCGCCGCCGCCGCCUGUCCUUAGCCUCCGCCAUGACGACCGCGUCCACCUCGCAGGUGCGCCAGAACUACCACCAGGACUCAGAGGCCGCCAUCAACCGCCAGAUCAACCUGGAGCUCUACGCUUCCUACGUUUACCUGUCCAUGUCUUACUACUUUGACCGCGAUGAUGUGGCUUUGAAGAACUUUGCCAAAUACUUUCUUCACCAAUCUCAUGAGGAAAGGGAACAUGCCGAGAAACUGAUGAAGCUGCAGAACCAACGAGGUGGCCGAAUCUUCCUUCAGGAUAUUAAGAAACCAGACUAUGACGACUGGGAGAGCGGGCUGAAUGCGAUGGAGUGUGCUUUACAUUUGGAAAAAAAUGUGAAUCAGUCACUACUGGAACUGCACAAACUGGCCACUGACAAAAAUGACCCCCAUUUGUGUGACUUCAUUGAGACACAUUACCUGAAUGAGCAGGUGAAAGCCAUCAAAGAAUUGGGUGACCACGUGACCAACUUGCGCAAGAUGGGAGCACCCGAAUCUGGCUUGGCAGAGUAUCUCUUUGACAAGCACACCCUGGGAGACAGUGAUAAUGAAAGCUAAGCCUCAGGCUAAUUUCCCCAUAGCCAUGGGGUGACUUCCCUGGUCACCAAGGCAGUGCAUGCAUGCUGGGGUUUCCUUUACCUUUUCUAUAAGUUGUACCAAAACAUCCACUUAAGUUCUUUUGAUUUGUACCAUUCCUUCAAAUAAAGAAAUUUGGUACCCAG